AUGAGACGACUUCAUCCAUGGUUUCACAUAUCGAAAUUACGUCCGUACCAGAAGCCUGUCGACGCCGAAACUGAGGAAAAGGUUGCGGAAGCACAAGCGGAGGAUUCUGACGCUUCAGAUGGCGAGUUUGAAGUGGAAGCGAUAGUAGACCAUCGAACCAGGCGCGGAAAACGUCAAUUUCGAAUACAUUGGUCCGGAUACCCACCCCAUGAGGAUACCUGGGAACCAGAGGAAGCCCUAACAGAGGCUUCCGAAGCCUUAGAAGAGUACUGGAGAUCCAGAGCUCCCACUAGCACACUAGUAGAGGACUCUUUGGUAGUCAGCCUUGCAGGCGACGCCCUGGAAGAUACGGCUUAUGCUUCCGACCACCAAUGCUUCGCGGUUUAUCCGGACGAUAGCUCACAUGAUAAUCACGCCCUCUCACCAGAAAGAAAACCAGUUUUGCGUGGCUUACCUCACCAGUCGAGAACGCCACACCAAGCCUCCCGAUCACGCUUACGCGCGUCUGAGCUGUCAAAAUCAGCCGGCGACAACCUUAAAAGGACGCCCCUGCACGCUCCCCCUCUUUUUUCUUCUUCAACCGCCCACGACCUACUUCCCUUACACACUCACUCUGCUUCGCAAACCCCUUCUAUCGACACCGAAACUAAAACUUCCAUUUCUAACACAAUGAACACCGAUCUCAGAGGACAAGCAGGAGUGAGCGUACCCUCCACGUACAUGUCCGGCUACCCUUGGGAGGAAGACUCGGGCGACUUCGAGGCCGAGGGCGUGCUGGAUUGCCUUGGGGUUGCGAUCGCUACCUGGGUUCACUCCUGGGUUCAUCAGCUUCGGACCAACCCCAACGUGCCGCUGCAGACUCCAGGGCAUGAGUUUUGGCUGGGAGUCGACGCUCCGAAACCUUAUGCGGUGGGCCAGCCCCUCACAAACCACAUUGCGGACCCCUACAGCAAGGCCACCGAUGGUGGUGAAGCAGUGGUUGGAAUAGUUGCCGACGCGAAAAAACCCGGAAAAAGAGGGCGCCCAGCUCCGUGCGCCGCUUGGCUUGACCGCGGGGUUCCCCAACACGAGGCGGGAAGCCGAAAAAUGGCUCCGUUCACCGAUUGGCCGAACGACGACACCCACGAGUUUGCGUCCGCCAUCAUUGAAGCAGCUAGGACGGUGCUCCUAAGGACGGCGAACGCAGCGGAAGCCUCUGCAAGGCUCACCAGACCCCGACAUCACGAGCACGCGGAGUACCAUUUCCGCGCGACAAACCUGAAAAGGGCCGCGGAGACCUUUACGGCCCUCUACGUAACCAGAACUGGCCCCGACGUGACCCCGGGUACCAUCGUUCGUACCGCAACAGAUCAAAUCUGGUUUUGUUGCAACGUCGGUGGCCGUGCCAGUAUCAUCUGGGUCGUGAACCAAGAUGCAGAUGAAGCGGACCCCACAGAUCUGGUACCGACCUGGUAA